GCCAGUCAAACAAGUCACGGCAGGCGAAGCGAACGCAUUGCGCAGCGAAAACCCCCCGGCUUCGCGUACGGUGGAUGCGCCACUUUUACAAGAGCAGCACGCAGGUUUAUCUCGUUUGCGUUGUGAGUCUGUGUGUGUGUGUCGGUGCGGUGUUUGUGAUUGGGACGGAAACCAUCAGAAGGUAGCGAAGCGCGAGAUUGCAACUAUCAAUUAUCAAUAAUCGAUCAAAAAAGGUGGUACCGCUGCGGUGAUGUCGCUCACCGUGGAGCUGUUUGACCUGCCGGCGCACCAGUUUCGGGUGUUCUGGGGAGCCUCCGGCAGCCUGUGGCAGUCGCUGUGGGACCGUCUGCUCGAUAUCACUGGUGAUAAUCCGUUCGUACUUUGGACCGUCGGCUCGUACGUCUACACAACGUUGGUGUACUGGAGCAUCGGGCUGGUCUAUACGCUGUUCGAUGUGACCGGGCGGCCAGGCUUCCUGCGCCGGUACAAGGUGCAACCGGGCACCAACGAGCCGGUCGACGCGGCUCGGUUGCGCACCGUCAUCCGGCAGGUGCUGUUCAACCAGUUCGGUACCGGGUUUCCGCUGCUCUUCCUCAUGUACUACCUGCUGCCGGUGGAGCAGACGAGCGCCCGCAUCCGCGAGCUGCCGACGUUCGUGACCGUCGUGUGGCAGCUGGCCGUGUGCAUCGCGGUGGAAGAGGUGCUGUUCUACUACAGCCAUCGGCUGCUGCACGAUGGCCGCAUCUACAAGUACAUUCACAAGCGGCACCACGAGUGGACGGCCCCGAUCGCCAUCACCGCCAUGUACAGCCACCCGGUGGAGAACCUGGUCAGCAAUCUGCUACCGAUCGCCGUCGGCGUGUGGACGACCGGCUGUCACAUCUCCGUCGCCUGGCUCUGGUUCACGAUCGCCAUCUCCAACACACUGCACGUGCACUCCGGCUACCACCUGCCGUUCCUGCCCAGCCCCGAGCAGCACGACUACCAUCAUCUCAAAUUCAACCAGUGUUUCGGCGUGCUGGGCGUGCUCGAUUGGCUGCACGGUACGAACGAUAACUUCCACCAGUCCAAGCAGUCCAAGCGGGACUACAUCCUAACCACGCUCGAGCCGGUCCGGGAAACCCAUCCGGACCAGUAGCGAACCGACUACGACUUUCACCGUGAUGUUACCAGAGACCAACAGAACAGAAAAGACUUUGUAUAUUCCCUUAUCAAAUAGAUCCGGAGUCGGCAAAGUCCGGCCGUAAGAACAUUUUAAUGCAACAUACGAAAACAAACGUCCAAAUUCUUCUCGGAGUGUUCCACGAUAUCACACAAAUUUUAGCCAAAAAUGUACGUUGCAACUGUACUUGUUUUACAGACGUUUUCAUAAUUGAUUGUUUUAAAAUAUUCCAGGCUCAUUAAUCGUACAUGGCCAACAGUGUAUUUACCUCGAAGCACAGUUCUGUUAAUAACUGAGACUACAACAGAAGAGGUUCAAUGUCAUGUUUAAUUUAAAAAAAACCAACGAACCAA